ACAUUUUAAAUUAUUAAAACUCCAAAUUGCUCGCUUAAAAAACCGUACACUUCUGUAAAAUAGUUAAUUGAAUGGACUUACAGUCUGAGUUCAUGAAAACAGGCGACCCUGUUGUAUGAAUAAAAAUUUUUUUUUUUGAAUAUAUAAUUGUUUAAAGAAAAUAUUUCCAUAUCAAGAAAUGCAGUUAGUACCAAAAUACGUUAAUUGUUAAAAAGUUUAAACAGAAGUGCGAUGAGAUUGCAAAAAAAAAACUGUGUUUGUCAUCCAAAUAGAGGGUAUUUUUUGAAAAUAUAGAGCGUCUCACACCAUAAUCACCAGAAGUCAAAAGAUGUUCAAAUGUUAAAGCUGACAGUACCCACUUCCACUUCCUCUUUUUUUUGUUGUGGUUAAGUUCAGCUACACAUUUUUGGUGUUUGGUUUUCAAGUUACUAGGCUUUGCCAUUUGCAUUUGAGCACCACGCGUUUGUUUUCUAAUGAACAACAUCGACAGCGCUGCACAGUAUCCAAGAUGGACCAAAUUUCUGGUUUUAGCGGGUAUUGUCACAGUUAUAGGCUGUUCCACACCCGUAGGUUACAAUAUAGGUGUCGUGAACACGCCCGGAUAUGUGAUAAAACGAUUUUGUAACGAAAGUGUCCUUGCAAGGUUCAACGUUGAGCUGACCGAAGGCCGACUGGACUUUUUGUGGUCAUUUAUAGUGGCCAUAUUCUUAGUGGGCGGAGCAGUCGGUUCUCUGAGCGGAUCCGUAACGGCGGAUAAAAUCGGAAGAAGAAGCGGUUUAAUCGUAUCUUCGAUUUUAGGUAUAGCAGGGGCGCUACUGUUUGUGACCUCCAAACCCGCGAACUCGGUUGAAAUGCUUGUGAUUGGUCGCAUUUUUGUGGGCCUUUCCUCGGGCUUAAUAACGACUAUUAUGCCAAUGUAUCUGAUGGAACUCUCACCUCCUGAUUUGAAGGGCGCUUCGGGGGCUUUGUGCCCUUUGGGGGUUACCACGGGAGUAUUGUUGGGACAGAUUUUAUCAACAAAAGCGAUAUUAGGCAACGAAAGUUAUUGGCACUAUUGUCUGGCCUUUUUUGGGCUCCUUCAGAUGGUGUGCGCUUUUGUAAUUCCAUUUCUACCCGAGAGUCCUAAGUAUUUGUUUGUUAUAAGAGAUCAGCCCCAGUUGUCUUUAAAAGAGUUGCAAAGAGUCAGAAAUAUUGAUGAGGACAUGCUAAUCCAAGAGAUAGAGGAACUAAAAAAAGAAAAACAGCAUAACCUAGAAAAGGGAGAGGAUUGGAAUAUCGCGAAGGUUAUUCGUAGCGAAUCACUUUUGCUUCCGCUAUUGUUGAUUUGUUCGCUACAAGCCGGGCAGCAGCUCAGUGGUGUGAACGCUGUGUUUUAUUACUCGACGGAUAUAUUCAAAGGUGCAGGGCUCUCUGCUAGUAGCAGCGAAUUAGCUACAAUUGGUGCCGGUUGUUGUAACAUAUUUAUGGCAAUACUGUCGGUUCAAACCAUGUCGUGGUUUAAGAGACGUGCGGUCCUUCAGAUAAGUUUACUCAGUUCCACGUUUUUUUUAGUGCUGCUGGGGCUGUCGAUAUCUUACAUGGACUAUUAUAGCUGGAUGCCUUAUUUGUGUGUAGCGGGAGUACUCGGUUACGUACUGAGUUACGGUCUGGGUCUCGGCCCUAUCCCUUAUUUCGUUGGUUCCGAACUAUUCGAGGUUGGUCCCCGAUCCUCCGCUAUGGCAUUGGGCAGUAUGGCGAACUGGGGUGGUAACUUUUUAGUCGGCCUCACAUUCCCUACUCUAAAGACUGCUAUCGGAGCUACCUCGUUUUUUAUAUUCGCCGCGUUCGUAAUUGCCUUGUUCGUAUUUGUCAGGAUAUAUCUUCCCGAAACAAAAGGCGUCGAGGCAGCCGCCAUUUCUAAACUUGUAGAAAACGGUUUUAAAUCGAAGUCUUUGAGGCCGCAGCUCGUCGAUCGGGUCGAAAUGAGCGGCGCAAUAGAAAAAUUUUCAUGAAAAUACGAGUUUUUAGGAUCGAUUCUUCUCGUUAAAGUUUUGUUUUUAUUCCAUGACACUGUGUUCGAAAACAAGCUAAUAAACGAAACUAUAAUGAAUUUGAGUUUAGUGCCCUCUAUCGAUCCGGGUUUCGCUUUUGGAAAUCGCAGCGCCUUCUAGCGGUGGG